UUAUUUUUAUAUCGGAAGCGAAAACAAAAGCAAACCUUGAGGUCACGUGAUAAGGUAAUUUGGACGAUGCAAAAUUAUCGAAAUCCACAAAAUGGGUAAGUUUCUUUAGAAAGUUCUUAAACCGACUUAAAAUAGAAAUGCAAAGUCAAUUUUUGUGUGAACUAAAGGACAGUCAUAUAAAAACCAAAGUACAUACUAUUUUUCUGUUGACUGUUGUUGAUAAAAUUUUAAAACUAGACACUUCUUGGAAAGGUAAAAAUGUUUGGUUGUGUUGUCGCGGGACGAUUGAUUCAAACAGACUUUCAGCAAGUAACUGAAAAUCAGUUUGUAUUGACUGUACUUGAACCAGAGAAGAUAAACCAUAUUGUCAUAUUUCUUCUUGGUACCAUGCCUUUUCCUGAUGGAUUGGGGGGAGCGGUUUAUUUUAGCUGGCCUGCACCUGAACCUGCCUGGCAACUUUUGGGUCACAUAUCAAAUGUCAAACCAAGUGCAAUAUUUAAGAUUUCACAGUUGCAUAAGGCAGCUGAUACCAAUCCAUUUGGAGCAAAUUUCAGUGCUACAAACUCGAUUCAAGAGGGUAUGGCAAUAAUAGGGAUAUCUGUGGAACCUCUGAAUGUUUUGGCUCAGCAAACUCCAGCUUUAAAUUCAACACCGUCCAUGCUAAACAAUCGAAUGGAGUUUAUAAUGAAAAUGUUGGAGAAUUUUGUCAAUUUUACAUUGUCCUUUGGUUUGCAACAAGCACAAAUGACACCAAAUCCAACUGAGACAUUUGUUCCCUUAAGUGUAGUAAAGAAGUGGUUUGAUAAUUUUCAAAGGAAAGUGAGCAAUGAUCCAGAUUUUUGGAAGAAAUGAUUCUCAAAAAAGACAACGCAUCUGAAUUGAAUGGAAAUUAUUCACGAAAGAAGAGAUAUUUUAUUUAUGUAAGAUUUUGAAGUUGAAACAAUUACAAUUACUGAAUAUUUUGACCUGAACGCAUCGAACUAAAUCUACUAACAGCCUGCUUACAAACGAGGAUUUUAAGAUAAUUCACUGGUUAUAUGUUUGAUGAACCGUUCCGCGCAUGAAAUCAGUGCUUUUAAUGCGCACGUGUGGCCCUGCCCCAUUAAAAAAUUUGGGUGUAAAUCAGUUGAAUGCGCAUGUGUACGCAGUUAUAAGAGCGAGGCAUGGGGAGAAGAAAUUUCUGUGGUUUAUAGCGUUCGAAUUUGUGCCUUUAUAAAAGUUGAAUUUGAUUAUAGAAUUUUAAAAAAAUUAAUUUUUGUGUAAACUGGUAAACGCGUUAAGAAUUUUCUGUAACAACAGUUUUGUGGUCGUCUGUGUGUGUAGGAGUCAAAGAAAGAAAGUAAGUUUUUGGGAUUUAUGACGAAGACUUGGCGCCACUGAUUUAUGCAUUAUAUAAAGCUUUGAUUUGCUUGCUGUAAUUAUUCAAAUAAGUUGGAAAUAAAAUGAGCUGGCAACUCGAUGUAGCAGCUGCUCACUCGCUAAAUAUA